UCGUCCCAUUAUUCGGUAGUACCUAGUAUUGCUUCAAACGCUUAUCCAAUAAGUUCAUUUGAAAUAAUGUAUAUAUUUUUACUUAUUACAAUUUUUUUUACGCUUUUGACAAACGUUACAAGCAAUAUUUUUGAAGCAUGGUCAACGAAUAAGAUAUUAGAACGUGACGGAUAUAAUAGAGAAACUCAUAAUAUUACAACUGAAGACGGAUUUAUCCUGAGCUUACACCGAAUUCCAGGAAAAGUUAAUUCGACUCCAGUGUUGUUGAUGCAUGGGCUCCUUUGUGAUUCUACUAUAUGGAUUAUUUUAGGAAAAAAUAAGUCAUUAGCAUAUUUGUUAGCCGACAAAGGGUACGAUGUUUGGCUAGGAAAUUCCAGAGGAAGUACCUAUGGGAUGUCUCACGUUAACUUAACGACUAGAGAUUUUAAAUUUUGGGAUUUUAGCUUCAAUGAAAUGGGUGUCUACGAUUUACCAGCAACAAUAAAUUAUAUUACAAACAUAACAAAACAAAAAGUCAUUGUUAUUGGACACUCGCAAGGCACGAGGAUUAAUUUUAUAAUGGAGUCUGAACGUCCGGAAAUUACUGAAAAAGUUAAAGCGUUAAUUUGCCUUGCCCCCGUUGCUUUUUUAAGACAUGUAGAACCCCACGUUCAAAAGUUUAGCUUCUUUCUUGCUCAGUUUCUAAAUCUUUACCGUGAAUUGGGAAUUAUGAAUUAUUUUGGGGUCCUAACCCGACUAUAUCAAACGAUAUAUUCUCUUGGAUGUAGACUACCCAUAAUACAACAAAUGGAUUUCUGUCGAAUUUUAAAUUUUUCCAUUAUGGGACCUGAAAAUGAACAGCUUAUUGAUAGUACUUUACAACCAAUUCUAUCAAACUUCCCAGCAGGGACAUCAUCUAAAAAUAUACGUCAUUUUUUACAAGGAAUAACAUCGCAAACGUUUUCUAAAUACGAUUACGGUGAAACUAAAAAUUUAGAAAUUUACAAUUCUUCAAAACCACCUGAGUAUAAUUUAUCGAGAGUAACUUCUCCAGUUGCUUUAAUAUAUUCUGAGGGUGACUGGUAUACAGAUCCAAUGGAUGUGGAUGCAUUAUCUGAACAACUGCCGAAUGUGGUCGACAAAUAUAAAGUGAGCUAUCAAAAAUUUAGCCACAUGGACUUUUUAUGGGCCAAAGAUGCUAAAUCAUUAGUUUAUGAUCACGUUAUAGAACUUGUUAAGAACUUUACUGACUCAUAAGUCAUCCAAAAAUAAUUGUCUUUUUUAAUAUAAUUUAAUAUAAUUUAAUAUAAUAAGUAAAUAACUGAAAUUGGUUUUAGUCAAAAUAAUAAAUUGUUUGCCUUUUGUACAAAACCAUGAAAUUAUGAAUCAGAAUCAUUAUAAAUUUCCAACUUCAAAUAUUCUUAAAUCAGCUUUGAUUGGAAAGUAUUCAUGUAGUUUAGAUUUGAUUCAAAUAAUAAAGUUGGCUGGUUUUUCUGAGCAUAUUUAUUUACCAUACUCUUACGC